UUUUUUAGCACAGCACCGAAACCUUGAAAUCCAGAAAAUUCGAAGACCCCAAAUCGCUCAAAUCAACGAAGCUUCUGCAAAGUUUCUUCCUUUACUUGUGAUCCCUCUUAUCACUGGUUCUCUAUUCUCUGGGUCAAUUCUCCUCCGAUUAUUGAUCAUACUACAAAAGACCCCUUUUUCAAUACACAUCAUCAUCAUCAUCAUCAUCAUCAUCACCAGCACUUUGUUGUUUCAGAAGUAAAAAAGAGUUUUUUUUUUUUCCUUUUUGGAUUUCUCAGUUGGGUUGGUUCUGUGACACUCAAGGGACACUCAGCUAUUGAGAAUGGGAAUAUAUCUAAGCACACCCAAAACUGAAAAGUUUUCUGAAGAUGGUGAAAAUGACCGUCUUAGAUAUGGUUUAUCAUCCAUGCAAGGCUGGCGUGCAACAAUGGAAGAUGCUCAUGCUGCAUAUACUGAUCUGGAUGAUUCUACUUCGUUUUUUGGUGUCUACGAUGGGCAUGGAGGUAAGGUGGUUGCAAAGUUUUGUGCAAAGUUUCUUCAUCAACAGGUGCUCAGAAGUAAAGAAUAUGCAGAUGGAGAUAUAGGAACCUCUCUUCAGAAAGCAUUUCUAAGAAUGGAUGACAUGAUGCGUGGUCAAAGGGGAUGGAGGGAAUUAUCAGUGUUGGGGGAUAAGAUAAACAAGUUUACUGGAAUGAUAGAAGGGUUGAUUUGGUCUCCAAAAGGUACCGAUGGUGGUGACCAAGUUGAUGAUUGGGCUUUUGAGGAGGGACCUCAUGCUGAUUUUGCUGGCCCAACUUCAGGAAGCACUGCCUGUGUUGCUGUUAUUAGAAACAACCAACUUUUUGUUGCAAAUGCUGGUGAUUCGCGUUGUGUAAUUUCUCGAAAGGGUCAGGCAUACAAUUUGUCUAGAGAUCACAAACCUGAGCUUGAGAUUGAAAAGGAAAGAAUCUUAAAAGCUGGUGGUUUUAUUCACGCAGGACGAGUUAAUGGAAGUUUAAAUCUUGCAAGAGCUAUUGGUGACAUGGAAUUUAAACAGAAUAAAUUUCUUCCCGCUGAAAAACAAAUUGUAACUGCCAAUCCAGAUAUAAACACUGUCGACCUUUGUGAAGAAGAUGAAUUCAUGGUCCUAGCUUGUGAUGGCAUAUGGGAUUGCAUGUCAAGCCAACAGUUGGUAGAUUUUAUUCAUGAACAAUUGCGCUCUGAAACCAAGCUUUCUGUAGUGUGCGAAAGAGUACUCGAUCGGUGUUUGGCUCCAUCAACCGCCGGUGGCGAGGGAUGCGACAACAUGACGAUGAUCUUGGUGCAGUUCAAGAAGCCAGCUCAAUCCAGUGCACCACCGGAAGAGCAGCAAUCCUCUGCAAACGAAAAAGCUGAAGAAGCUCAUGAACCAAAAGCGGAUAGUAGUGAAAGUUAGGGUGUUUUUUCUGAAGCAAUAGUGCUCAUAUGUAUUAUAUUUUAUUUUAUAUCUCAUAUAUAGUGUGCACUGGUGAUUACACUGCC